AUGUGGCUGGGAGUUGCUCUCAGGUUAGCUGCGGCGCCUGCGCAGAGCCGGGCUCUCCGGCCUGGACAGGGCCUGCUGAAGCACUGGAGCCAUCCUGGGCAGAACCGGGUCCCUUCACGAUCCCACAUCUCCAAACCCAGUGGAGCCAUCAUGCCCCCGCCAGUCACUAUGCCUUUUGGACUUGUCCGGGUACUUAGUGUUGUGAUUACCUUCAUCUGUUUUGGGACUUACGUAAGCAAGACUUUCGCCGGCUUCCUUGAGGAGUACAGUGAGGUUACAAGCCCAGAGUUUGAAGAUGAUUUGCAGGGUGCGUUGGAAGACUAA